GCUGCUACGCACCGCGGUGGUCCAGCUACCGGUGCCGAUGCCGGGUCACUUCUACAACAAGAGGGGACCUGGCCAGGUGCCGGGCGCGAAUCCCGGUAACAGUAUCGGCAACACUCACCACGGCGGAGCCGGCAACGGCAUUCUCCACGGUGCCAAGGGUCAGCGGCAGCCGUUCCUCCAGCGCCUACCGUCGCGCAUACACGAUCUCACUCGGGCGAUCGAGAUGGCCGUCUCGGGAGGGGCGAAUCCGGUGCAGCAACAACAGCAGCACCAUCACCAUCAACAGCAACAGCACCAGCGUCAGCACGCGCAAGCCAAGCAGCAGCAGCAGACCUCCUUUAAGAACAAGCCCAACAACAACCGUCAGGCCGGCGGCAAGAAGCUCCAACAGAGCGAGAAAGCGUAGUUGCGAGGCGUGAGUGCGUGUGUGUGUAUGUAUAACGUAUGUAUUUAUGCAUGUAUGUACGUAUGUAUGUAUGUAUGUAUGUAUGUAUGUAUGUAUGUAUGUUUGUAUGUAUGUAUGUAUGUAUGAAAACGAAAGAAAGAAAGCACGCAUAAUGAGAAACAUAUGAAUGUGCGUGAAAGAGAGAGACAGGGAGAAUAAAGAAAUGAAAACACGAGGGAUAAUAAUGAAAAAAGUCGCGCGGAAAAGAUAAUUGGGUUUGUGAUAAGAAGGUGAUGGGUAUAUUUGGGGUCGUUCAACUGUGUCUGACAACAUAACGCGCGACUGAAGCUUGCUGAAUGACUUGAGACGUGCUGAGAUCUCGAAUUUCCCUCAACAGGGGGUAACAGGCGAUAGGAAAAGACGCGACAUUAUUAUAGAUGCGCGCGAGUCAAUCGCGUCGGCUUUUCUUUCUCCUUCCGUACGCCUCAGCCGGCGCUUGCCUCACCCUCGCGCGUUUCUAUCCUCGCGUUCGACCGCGGUCGAGGACGCAACGCGACGACACGGCGGGAGAACGAGUUAGACCCCCAGCGUUGACGAGUAUUAUCAAUAAGCAGCUCACGCUCAAGACCGGACCAAGAGCGAACAGAUGAUCGAAUUGAGCUCUCACAUGGCGGCAGGAUCGAGAAUGUCGCUGGGGAAGUCGCUCGUUUCCCGCCGCUCUCCGGGACGUAAUCGACGCGCGAGGACGACACGAAGACGCGAAGGCUCGGCGGAGAGUCGGCGAGACGAGGGAACGGAGGGAGCGAGGGGGGCAAAGCAUGUGUUUUUAGGACUUAGUACGCGGCUCGCGCACAGUGACCGAUCGCGGGUCCUGUACAUACAUAUUACCGAUUUAUAUGUAUAUGUACGUGAGGACGCUCGUGGGCCACGUGAUGCCCGUUCGUGCGAACGUUUCCCGCAGGAUCGGAACGGCAGGAUUGGGAGAGCUCGAACGGCUUAGAUAGAGAACAGGGCGACGGCGAACAGGCCGACAGCAGGGAGAGGGAGCACAUGUGGAGGAGAGGGAACGGACUCACCUCCGCAGUAGGUUGACGAGAUGGCGUCGAGAGCCUCCGCCGGCACUUACGGCCGAUCUUCUUUUUUUUUUUUUUUUUUUCUACUUAACGUACAUCCACGAGACCGGGUUAGUCACGACGAUAUCGGGCUGUGAGACUGAAUCACACGUAUAUACACACCACACACAUACAGACACGUGCACAUCGGUACACGUACUUACAUUACAUACAUAAGUACAUACAUACACGUGCAUACACACUCAUACGUGCACGUUACAACUAGAAGAAUGAUCAACAACAAGAUACGCGGCAUUGAGAACGGCGGGCUGUCGUGGAAGAAUAAUAAUAAUGUGUUGCAUCGGGCCUCUCGAGACACGACGCGCUUACGCGAGACUACUCGUCGCGGGGAACACGUGGAUCACGUGACAGCACCCUCGCGCUUCCUGGUCGCGAGCGAGAUGUGAGAAAGGGUGACAGAGCGGGUGGGAGAGAGUGAAAGAGAGAGCGUGAGAGAAAGGGGUGAGGAAGACAGAGAGGGGGAGUAUUAAAAGAAUGCAAACUCAGAAACACACACAGUGCUUAGUAGUAGGUGGUUAUACAUACUCGUUUUAUGCAUAAGUUUUAGAGAGUAUUAGCGUCGUGUGUAUGAGAACGAGAGAAAGGGAGAGGUGCGGGAGAAUGCGAUGAGAGGGUAUCCCAGUGUGAAGAGAGCGAGAAAGAGAGAGAGAGAAAGUGAGAGAAUGAUAAUUGAAGAAGGGACGCAACGUAUCUCGCAGAGAUACACUAGGAACGGUAUUGGGGGACCGUUUGACAUACCAAAGGUAUUAUUAAUUAAUUAAAUACUGAAUUAAUCGCGAGGGACGUCGCGAGACCAAGAUUUAAGGGUUACGAAAGGGCAGGGACCGGGUGUUGCGCGCGUUGAUGACACGUGGAGACGAAACGUCGCGAGGGAGAAAGGGUUAAAGGAAAGUAGAGGAGAGGGUAUCCCGGACAGGGCUCGCACUCACGAUCUUUCGAACGACCACGAGGAAAGAUAGAGAGAGAGAGAGAGAGAGAGAGAGAGAGAGAGAGAAAGCACAGACGUUUCUCACAGUGCGCGGACACGGUGUACUUAACGUAACUUAUUAGUUGGAUUAAGAUGCUACCGUUCGACCACGGGCAUCCAGAGAGAGAGAGAGAGAAACAGGUAUAUUUAUUCUCGGAGGAGAGGCUCCGCGGGCGGCGCAGAACAGUAGAGAAUCGAACGAGUCGAUAGUCACAUAGUGAGAGAGAAAGAAAGAGAGAGGAAGGGAGAGCGAUGAGAGAACUCGAACGGAGGGCUCACGUCGCGGUAUGGUGUGAAAUCACCUACAAAAAAAAAAAAAAAGAAAAGGGAGGAGAAUUUAUUAAAGCGUUUCUGUAUUAUUAUAGUUCGCGCGCUAGACGGCGCGCUUUCGUAGCUCUCAGCCUCGCGGAUACACGCUCGUACGUUGUCGUUGUCAUCGUGAUAUAUAUCGAGUGCGUGUGUAGGCGGCGACACGCGCCGACGUGGCCGUUCUUUUUCUUUUCUACGUUUCCCUUCGUACUUUUCCACGUGAGAGCAAGAGAGAGACCUAGGUACUUAGGUGUGUGCGCGCAGCUGGAACAGAAAUACCGGCCGCGCAAGGCCAGUCUGACUCUCGACAGUUUUCCCACACCCCCCGCGAAGGCGCACCGUCCGAGGGGGAUAUUUUACUGUUGUACGAUUAAACAUUAUGCGCGGCUGCUUCACGGCCCUUUCUUUUUAUAAUAGAUUUUGUGGAUAGAAUUGCUGAGCGAGAAGCUGAGAAUGAAUCGGGGCUACGGACAUGAUAUCUCGCCCGACGGGGAUCAGGAGUAGCGCCUCCACGGCCUUCUCGUGCGCGCUCUUUUGUCACGAGAACAGCCGUCUCGGCACGGCGAGAAUCGACGGCGCGUGAUUUAAUCGCGAGACAUAAUCAUCAUCAUCGUGUUUGGUUCUACGCCGCUCAUCGUUGAUUAAUCGAAUAUUUUUCGUCACUUUCGGCAGAUAUACGUGGGAGAGUAUUCGCUGGGGCAGGGAGCGAUCCCUGUGCCGCUUCUUAUUCCCCGUGAACCGCGAAAGGGAAGGACAAAGGUCCCGUCCUGGCCGCGUCGUCAUCCCGGCGAUUGUCACGGGACAAUCGCGCCUCAUGCAUUCGCGGACUUUAUUCGCUUUCCUUCAGAGCCCUGAGCCCCCCCGGAAGGGCGAGAUUCUCGCGUUACUGCAUGUAUUUCGAGGACGGUGUGCACGGGUAAUGUGAUACAGGACUGAUAGGACUAAUUCAACGUUCGAUCUCAAGUCAGGUUUAAGGAAUUACGCAAUCUAGUCUUACGUGCAACUUACAGCCGCGUUGUCGGUGUGAUCACGCGUUCGUGUUACUCCCCUGUGUAUCCUCUCCCCCUAAAGAAAAGGAAAGAAAGAGAGAGAGAGAGAGAGAGAGAUACUGCCAAGAUAACGAAUAUACACUGGGAGGAGGGGGAGAGAAGCGGCGUCUGCAUACGUGCUCAUUCUUAAUUCGAUUAAUUACGAGGUAACGUUCGGUUAAGUGAAAAAAGCGAUCCCUGUCUUCUCUCUCUCUCUCUCUCUUUCUCCCCCUCUCUCACUUUCACGCUAAUUUGCGUGCACGACAUCGCGAUCGAUCCAUCUCACCUUUCAAAAGGAAUCGGUCAUUGCGUCACUUUUCCCGGAAGUGAAUCUCAACAUUGGCGAUCCGAACCAAGAGAUCGACGAGCGUGAGAGAGCGAGAGCAGGGAGAGAGAAGAAAGAGAGAGAGAGAGAGAUUUAAUUAGCGAGUGAGGCGACACUCGAUUAAGAGUAGCUUUAGUCAAGGAAACCAAAAGAGAAUUACGUAUGUAAUUGUCGUAUAUAGUGUACCUAUUUGUAUCUAGUCUGGGAGAGCGGCGACGAUGAAGUUGCGUCUCCCUCUCGAGAGCCCGUCCCGCGGCUCCCGGCGUAUCUCCCGCGUAGCGUCGCGUUUUUCUUUGUCCUUUUCUUUCUUUUACUGCUCCGUGUAUUGAGCAAUCGUUCUUGAAGCGUUGGGUCGCCCUCCGAUCGCCCGCCGCGGGAGGACGCGCGAACACAACGUAGACACGUAAAAUGCAUAGGCAGGUAUAUAUUAAUAAGUGAAUCGACGCGCCGAGACGAACGGUGGUUAAGAGACGCCGCCGCCGCGCGCGCGUGCGAAAUAAAGAAGAAAAAUAAGAAAAUAAUUAGAAGUGUGUUCCUUUUAGCUGAACUGCCCGAACUGACGCACACCGUCGCAAUAAGUCAGAGGUUGCGAUCCGUUAGACGCUGCAAAUACUCUGAAACGCCGUAUAAAUCAAUCAUAGCUUUUCUUUAUGCGCUUCAGAGCAUUUGUAGCGUCUAGUGGAUCGCACCCAAAGUGAGGCAAAUGUGUUUUGCUUCAUCACUCUAACUUAUUGCACCAAUUCCAGACAGUUUAGCCAAAAAGAACAGACUUGAAGCACGCUGAUCGGAAGCUGUGCGAAAUCGAUGAAUCCAGUCUCUCUUCCACACGCGAGUUGCCACGUAAGACGCAGGCGCCGCCGUUGCAUCUUUCCUCGCGCGCUAGCGAAGAAGAGUGCAGCGUGUUUUGCUUGCGCUACUCUUUUUUUUUUUUUACCGGGACGCGCGUGCCAAAAACGUUGCUCGAAAGGAGGAAGAGUAAAAGAAUAGGCAGUCGCAAUGACGUCAGAGUGACCAGAGGAAACUCACUUUUCAACGAAGGUUCGAUCAUUCCGCCGUCACUUUCGUGUCAUCGUGACUCCCUGUUCUGCCUGGGAUUGGACUUCUCGUGUCGCGGACAUGAAAUACACGAGAGAUCGUGGCUCGACAGCAUCCUCUUAGCAUCAACGAGCUGCCACGUCCGCUCGUUGAGAGGAAGAGGGAGCAAAAUCGACGAUUGGUCUUUCUUCCGCUGUAAUCACGAGUAAUCACAAAGUGAGAUUGCACGUCGCGAUUGUACGUUUUCUCGCGCGUCAGCGAAGAUGUGUGCAGCGUGACUUUUGCGCGGAGACAGGAUAGGCCGGUCGCGAAUCGGAUCAGACUAGUGUUCGGAACGGUUGUCGUUGGUCACCCUCUUCUUUCGAACGAGCUGUCUCAUCUCAUUGUACAGCUGUUUUAUAUUGAGCCAGUCACCUCUGGCACGAUGAGAUCGCUCGUUUGGGACGAGAAGCUAACGGCGACUCAGGCUUACUCUCUUCCGACUCACCUGGGUCCACCCUGCACGUAAUCGCAUCGUCCGCACGGACACACCUCGCGGUACGAAAAGGAGAGUCGCUCGAAAAAAAAAAAGAGAAGAGAGAUGUGGACUCCUCGUUUCGCGGACAUCACAUGCGAGAGCAGCUUGCCUCGACGUCAGCUCUCAAUCGUGGCCGCUAUAUCCGUUUUUUCCUCCCUCCACACACACAUACAGACACACACACACACAUACAGCGUUUGUCUCGCGUUUAUUAUGUGCAGUUACAUUUGCCAUUACGAUAACGAUUCUUCUCCUUCUCGCUAUUAUUACCGUACAAUUAUAUACUGAUUAUUGUGGUUACUAUUAUUAUUGCCAUCGUAACAUCGUCAUUAUUAUAAUUAUUAUUAUUAUUAUUAUUAAUAUUAUUAAUAUUAUUAUUAUUAUUAAUUAUGAUCGUGUAUAUUUUCUGUGUUUCUCGUCGUGAUAGCUACGUAUAUAACCCUCUAACGCUUCAUUAUUACUUACUCUCGUGAAGCUAGAGAAGGAUUAAAAGCCAAAAAAGGGAGAAAAAAGAUACUUUACCGCUCUCACUUCAUUUCCUCACUUUAACACAUCAUCGCUCUACUUGUCGCCACUUUUUACCACCCGCUUGAAUAACUGCUGUUAUUAUUUAUCGCUCUGUCGCUGUUACCAUCACUAUUACCAUUACUACCACUACUACUACUACUAUAACUAUUACUACUACUACUACUACUACUACUGCUACUACUACUACUACUACUACUAUUACUACUACCGCCGACUAUUUAUUUAUUUAUUUAAUUAAUUAUUAAAUAACAUAAUUAUUAUGUUUUAUUUAAGGAUUAAACUGAUUUGUGUUUGGUUCAAACGUCGUUUGUUUUAUUUCUAUUAAAAUGUUUCAGUUGCCACACCGACAUCCCGUCCUACCCCCAUUAUCGUCGAUCCGUCCCUCCAGCAUCACCACCACCACCAUCAUCAUCACCACCAUCACCACCACCACCACCAUCAUCACCACCACCACCACCACCACCAUUACCUUCCUCGCCUCCAUUCUCUCAUCGACUUUACAUCCGACAUUCCACGAUCUUUUCCUGACAUUCCACGAGUCACAGACUGAUGUAGUAGUAGAUCGAUGUGUAAACGUUACGGCGAGCCGCUCCGACACCUCGAUGCACGAGACACGCUCCUGGAUCCUGGUUCGUAGCGUCCUUAUUAUUAUCACAUCGUAAUUAUUAAUUAUACUCACGGUACACGGGGACGCCGCCGUCACGACGAGUCGCUCCUGAAACUCGCAAUCGCCAGAGACGAUUUUGCCGGCGCGACGGGAGAAGGCUAAAAUCGCGUCGAACGACGCGAUUGGGACGCGAAUUUCGAUCGAGGAUGUGGGAGUUCCUUUCCGGGUGACUCUCGCCGGAAGCGAUCGACUUUCGACGUGCUCGGCGGCGUUCUCAAUAGUUCAGAAGGCAUCUCCAUGCGUGAUUCGAGGCUGCGAGUUUUCACAUUAGCCCUUAAGCCGAAAUCAGACUAGCGAUUGCCGACUGACAAUUGGCGAUUGGCGAUUAGUGCUUGACCGAUCAGAGCAACAUCAAUCAGUAGCUACUUUGUUUUAAUUGGUUGAAAACUAAGAUCGCUAAUCGCCAGUCGUCAAUCGAGCGUUGCUGGUCUGAUUCGGGCUCUAAGCACUCUGCUUUGUCGCCGGAGCGCAUUCGUUCCCGAAGAGGGAGAGACUCGGCCGACAUCGCGAAAAUAAAUCGUCGCCCUGUCGCAUCGCGACGGAAUAACGCGGCCCAUCGCGUUCUCUUCGUUAUAGAGGAGCUGACGGGAACGAAGAACGGCGAUCGUCGAAUUACUUUCGCCGUUGUUCCGGGAAACGGCGAAAGCCGCUCGAACAGACGAGCACCUCGUUACGUCGAAUUUGCGCGAAAUCAUCGUCGAGAGAGACACAAUCGAAUUACGCACGCUUCUGCCAACGUCGGUUAAUCUGAAUUUUUUUUUAAGUCUUGAUUCGAGUAUGUCGAGGUUUGAAGUCAAAUUAAGGUGCUGUCGACGUUGGCACGGUAACGGGAGCAAGUUAUUCCCCGUCCACGGCGAAGGUGGAGAGAGAAAAGUACUUGACAAUUUAUCUGUGGGAUGUAAAGCUUCUGUUUCUGCGAAGGAGGUGAAGUUUAUUCUUGCGAGAUAAAGCUUUCCUCUGCGAAAAAUAAGCUCUCGUCCCACACACACGCACACACACACAUACAUACGCAGAGAUAAAUGUUGGAGUAUCUUUCCUUCGGUGAGCGUAACUCGGUGCUUCCAUUUUGAAUCGCGCGUUUCGCCGAGCCCAGUGACGAAAUUUCGAAGAAUCGUCGCGAGGUCCUUUUCGCAUUCGUGAACGAGAGAACGACGAUCUUGAUCGAUCAGAUACCUUAGAUUAUUACACACGAGAAGGGAGAGGAGAAAGGGCGAGGGGUGAGAUCGGACGAUCGAAGAGUGGUGCGAGCCCUGUUCCGCUCUUUAGGAUGUCGACUCGCUCGCAACGAUUCGCCGACGUGUAAUUCGGGCGGAAUAAAUGAAGGAAGGGCGAAGGGACGAAGAAAAGCGCGUUCGGGAGA